AUGAUGAUGAUGAUGGAGAUGGGAUCCAUGUGGGUGGUCCUUCUGGUUGUGGCCAUUGCUGGUGCUCUUUUUAUCCUAAGAUCCACCCUCAAGAAUGUAAAUUGGUGGCUCUAUGAAUCCAAAUUGGGUGUGAAGCAGUACUCUCUGCCCCCAGGUGACAUGGGUUGGCCCUUCAUUGGCAACAUGUGGUCCUUUCUCAGAGCUUUCAAGUCCAAGGACCCUGAUUCCUUCAUCUUGUCCUUUGUCUCCAGAUUUGGACGAACUGGAAUGUACAAGACCUUGAUGUUUGGAAACCCGAGUGUAAUUAUGACAACACCUGAAACAUGCAGAAGGGUGUUGACAGAUGAUGAUAAAUUCACUAAUGGUUGGCCUCGUUCUACGAUAGAGCUCAUUGGAAAGAGGUCAUUUAUUUCAAUGUCUGUGGAAGAACACAAGCGCCUUAGGCGUUUGACAGCCUCUUCAAUCAAUGGCAUGGAAGCACUGUCCCUUUACUUGUCAUAUAUUGAGAAAAAUGUGAAAACUUCACUGGAGAAAUGGGCCAACCUGGGACAAAUUGAGUUUUUAACUGAGAUCAGGAAGCUUACUUUCACAAUCAUCAUGCAUAUUUUCAUUAGCUCAGAAAGUGAACCUGUUAUGGAGGCUUUGGAGAGGGAAUACACAGCACUUAAUUAUGGAAUUAGAGCCAUGCGGAUUAAUAUUCCUGGAUUUGCAUACCACAAGGCGUUCAAGGCAAGGAAAAAUCUAGUGGCAAUAUUUCAAUCUAUUGUGGACGAGAGAAGAGACAUAAGGAAGGCAUAUUUGCCUGGAAAAGGCAAAGAUAUGAUGGAUGCUCUGAUAGAUGUUGCUGAUGAUGAUGGAAGAAAGUUAACAGAUGAGGACAUCAUUGAUAUCAUGUUAAUGUACUUGAAUGCGGGCCACGAGUCUUCGGGACACAUUACAAUGUGGGCAACCUUCUUCCUGCAAAAGCACCCAGAAUAUUUGCAGAAGGCUAAGGAAGAACAAGAAGAAAUUGUGAGGAGAAGGCCUCCAACACAGAAAGGGUUGACACUGAAGGAAGUUCGGGAGAUGGAUUUUCUUUACAAGGUUAUCGAUGAAACAAUGCGUGUGAUUACAUUCUCAUUAGUGGUCUUUCGGGAGGCAAAAUCUGAUGUCAAUAUCAAUGGCUACACAAUUCCAAAAGGUUGGAAAGCACUAGUGUGGUUCAGAUCAGUUCACCUUGAUCCAGAAAUAUAUCCUAAUCCAAAGGAAUUUAACCCUUGUAGAUGGAAUAAAGAACACAAGGCCGGAGAAUUCCUUCCCUUUGGAGGAGGAACUAGAUUGUGCCCUGGGAAUGAUCUUGCCAAGAUGGAAAUAGCAGUUUUUCUUCAUCAUUUCCUUCUGAAUUACCGGUUUGAACAGAAAGAUCCUAACUGUCCUGUGAGAUACUUACCACAUACAAGACCCAUUGACAAUUGCUUGGGAAGGGUCAGAAAAUGUUCAUCUACAACAACCUAA